AUGGAAAAGUAUACAACCAUAUCUAAUACUGCUUUCAAAUAUGAAACUGAGCAGUCCAAUCAUCAGCAGCCUUCUUUAGCGCUUAUUCGGUACGAGAAAUUAUGGCCAAUACAGCUUGUUUUACGGCCAGUUCUCCUUAGCAAAAUUUUAAGCUCUACAGGGAACAAAUCGCCGCUUACGGAAGGAAAAAAGUCUAAGCAAAUGUACACCGAACUGAAUAUACUCUCAAAUUACUGGAAUGUUCCUCUUUGUUUCUCCGAAAAUUUUGCAGAAAGGAUAUUGCAAAAUGACACUGAAUACGCACAGUCAUUUUUGACUGUCAUAUCAGACAAAAAUUCUUCAAAACUUCUCGAAGCUUCUCGUGCUAUUUGGUUGCGAUUUUGGAAAGAAAAUAAAUUAACAAAUAAGAAAGACGAUUUAAUUGAAGUUGCUAAAUCCAUUGCAGUAGAUGAGGAGUUUGUCGAAAUAGCAUCUGAAACUUUAGCAAAAAAAAAGUUGCAGGAUACUACUGUUGAAGCUGUGAAUUCUGGAGCCUUUGGUGUUCCGUGGAUUAUUGUUACGGACAAGGACACAAAAUUACGCCGCCACUUUUUUGGUAGCGAUCGACUUCCAUUAAUAGCGCAGUUGUACAACCUCAAUUUCACUGGUCCUAGUCCUGUGUACGGAGGUAAAGUUGAGGAAGAUUUAUACUUGCUUACCGCUAACGCCCUACUGGUUCAUAAAAUGUCGACUGAUACUGGCAUAUGGCACUGUUUGGUUCGCUGGUCAGCAAUAAUACUAGGUGGAUUUCUUACGAAGACAUGGGAGAAAAAAUUUUGUCUUGGCUCAUACAUUACUGAAGCAAAACGGCAAAGUAAAAUAGGGCAUAGUGCCAAAGGUUUUGCAGAGUUAAGUUUCUUCAUGGUCGAGCUUGGAAGCAGCCAAAAAGACGGCCUUUCUACGGCGGAGAAACUAGCCGGACUGAUGUUACACACAAAUCUUUCGGUUGUUGGGGUCGCUGUCAUACGUACCAACGGUGUUUUGGCAUCUAUCCGUUUUACUAAAGCUCUCGCACUGCAUAGGAAUUAUACCUGGCAUGCAAGAUCACUUUUGACUACCAGACCUUUUCAGGUUCAACGAUAUGAUAUUAUUGGUUUGCUUUACACAUCAAUUAUCAGGUUGGAAUCUGUGACAUAAAAACGAUCGGUCCGUACAUUUCCCAAAGACUUGCAUAAAAAGGAGGAGAAACCUAGCGCGAGGUCUUCUAAAAAAAAGGAGUCAGAUGCGAAAAAACCUGAUCAGGAUGAAUCGCAGAGGGUCGAUAAGGACGCUCAGAGCAAAAGCAGCAGAGAUUUAAGGGCUCUUUCAUCUGAAGAGAAAUUUUGGGUUGGCGGACACCUAACCACUGAAGGAAGCAUAGAAAAUUAUUGGCUUUCAAGGGAUUUUGACUAGUAUCAAGCUUUGGGUGGCAUGGAUUACAAAGUUCAAAGAUUGCGGAAAACGAUGUUCGUGGUAUUUUUGACUUCAUCUGCCUUGGUUGUUUGGCUUUUAAGUAGGCCGGAAUCGUUUCCUCUGUAUGACACAACAGGUACCGUAGGAAUGGAUGAACUCUUGAAUAUUUACCUUUCUUCUGGCGAGGUUAAAAAGUUGCUUUAUGUUCCUGGCCAAAAUAAAGCCAUUGCUCUUUUACAUUCUGGAGCCAUAAUUGAGGGGAAACCUAUUCACAGGACUUUCAUCGUUGUUGAGGGCAGACCGGGUGAAACGCUGCAGAGCUUUACUGAAGAAAUACGUAGUAGAGAGGCAGCAUUGGGAAUCCCGCCAGUGAGGGGCAUAACAAUUGAUGAGCAGAGAUCCUUAAGUACCACAGGCUACUUGAUUAUGCUGCCGUUCAUGAUCCUUGUGGGAUAUCUGAGUGCACGACUUACACAAAACAUUCUCAGACGCACUUUACAGCGUAAGGGCCCAGGUGGAAUAAACAAAAAAUAG